AAGCCCCUCCCCCUGCGUGCGUCGAAGGUCAUCACCGGAAAAGGUCACCGGCGACAUAACUAAGAUGGCGACCUCCUUGUGUCAGUGUUACCAGAUGUGUGUCAGAAGAGGCUUGUUGGCCUCCUGUUCCUCCUACCUGCUCCUUCACAACAGACCUCAUGUCUACAGGAUAUGCGGGCCCCUCUCAAAAUCCCCACAGGUGAGGUAUUCGUCAGGAGGCGGUGGCAGAAAAGGUUUCCUGGGGGAGUUUCUGGACAACCUGAAGCAGGAGCUGAGCAAGAACAAGGAGAUGAAGGAGAACAUCAAGAAGUUUCGGGAAGAGGCCAAGAAACUAGAGGAGUCAGAUGCACUUAAACAAGCUCGAAGGAAAUAUAAAACUAUAGAAUCUGAAACAGUCAAGACCUCUGAAGUUCUGAGGAAGAAGCUGGGGACCAUCUCGGAGACAGUUAAAGAGGGGCUUGAGGAGGUCAGUCGUACAGACAUCGGAAAGAAGAUCAAAGAAGGCGUGGAGGAAGCAGCCAAAACAGCCAAGACCUCAGCAGAGACUGUAUCCAAGAGUGGAGAGAUACUGGGGAAGACGGGGGCAUUCAAAGCAAUAUCACAGGGUAUGGAGAGUGUAAAGAAGGAGAUUGAUGACCUGGGCCAUACUGGCCCCUAUCGGCCCCCCAAAAGACUCAGGAAAAGGAGUGAGUUCUCCUCCAAGGGAGCAGGAGAUGACAGAAAGGUCUUCGAAGCCAAUGAGGAAGCCAUGGGUGUGGUACUUCACAAAGAUUCAAAAUGGUACCAGCAGUGGAAGGACUUCAAAGACAACAACGUGGUCUUCAACAGGUUUUUCGAGAUGAAGAUGAAGUAUGAUGAGAGUGACAACGCCUUCAUCAGAGCAUCUCGUGCUGUCACUGACAAAAUGACUGACCUCAUAGGCGGCCUGUUCUCCAAGACAGAGAUGUCCGAGGUCUUAACAGAGAUUCUGAAGGUGGACCCGUCCUUCGACAAGGAUUCCUUCCUCAAGCUGUGUGAACGAGACAUUAUCCCAAAUAUACUGGAGGCCAUGAUCAGAGGGGAGCUGGAAGUGCUGAAGGACUGGUGCUAUGAAGCGACAUACAGCCAGUUGGCCCACCCGAUCCAGCAAGCAAAGGCUAUGGGGCUACAGUUCCACUCCAAGAUCUUGGAUAUUGACAAUAUUGAUCUGGCCAUGGGUAAAAUAAUGGAGCAGGGUCCAGUGCUGAUCAUUACCUUCCAGGCUCAGCUGGUCAUGGUGAUCCGUAACACCAAAGGAGAGGUGGUGGAAGGAGACCCUGACAAAGUGUUGAGGAUGAUGUACGUGUGGGCUCUGUGUCGAGACCAGGAGGAGCUCAACCCGUAUGCUGCAUGGAGACUACUGGACAUCUCUGCCUCUAGCACCGAACAGAUCCUCUAAAACUCUUUGAAAUGCGCACACACAUCACAACACAACAUGGAGAGAACAUAACAUGCACACCCCUGGAGCUGACUGGGAAGAGAGACACAUUGAAGGUUGGGGAAAAGGGGAGAAGAGGAAGCCAUGUGGGCGUGAGGGCCAGACAAGAUGCCCACCACAGAAACACUGUCAAUUAGGGUGACUAAACAUCAGCUGCUCCACUGUGUCCUUUUGAUGCUCUGGCUUUGGGUUAGAUCACUACAGAUGCUACAGUGUCCCCCACAGGCUGGACCCCCACAGACCUCUCUGGAUAUCCUGGUCAUUCCUCUGGCUUACACUAGGGGGCAGUAGACUACUAAGAGCUCUCGCGUAAUCUACAGUACCUUGCACACUGUCUGACUGUUUGCUCUGCCUGAAUGGUUCAGGGAAGGUGACGUUAUCUUUUUACCCAAGAGAUGAAACGCAAAGGUUUCCCAUCUUUCUGUAGCUUGGAGAGAAAUAUCUGAGGUUCAGCGUUUUGGUUUACUUGAAACGAUGAAGAAAGCUGAUGUACAAAAUCAAGCAAGUCCUUUUGCCCCUGUUGAGCCUCCUGGCUUGGUUUAGCAGGUUAUAAUGGCACCAGUUUGUCAACAGAAUCACAGACUUCUCUCCUCUCCAUCAAGCUCUCAUUUUUCUAUUGCUUUCUAUGGCGAUACCAUCAUGGAUGUUUGUGGAGGUUAUCCACCAGUGCUCUCUUGGUUCCUUGUUUGUAUGACAUCAGUCCAAUUGUAAUUGUUAAAUCUCAAGAAAAUCUAUAUUUAUUACAAAAAUAAAGAUUACCCCUGUUUUUCACCUUUCCAGACAUUUUUAAACAUGCAUUUCCAUCAAAAAGCUUGCCUUAAAAAUAGGGAACCUGAAAAUCUUCCCUUUUAUUUAUUUUUAAAUCCUCGAGUGGGAUUUCAGUGUUUCCUAAAUAAUCUCCUUUGUAGAAAAAAAUGGUACUUUUGAGAUGACUUUUACAGAUCAUUUUCCAGAGCAGAGCUCGAGCACUCAUUUUGUUUGAGUGAAAUUUACCAAACUUGAUUGUAGUGAAGCACACAUAGACGUGCUGGAUUGGGAUGGGAUCAUUUUGGUUGGUUGUUUUGCACGGUGACGAAACAAAUCAGAUCCUAAGUCAUGUUUUACCCACAACCAAUUUUCCUCGAUGAAAUGGCAAUAAAAUCUUGGUUACAUGCGGUUAAAAUUAAAAUGGACAGUAUACGCUAUGGUGCUGUGCUAUUCAUAUUCUGUCAACAUUACAUGUUUUGAUGUGAAGUGUUUUAAGUCACUGCCACAUGUGUAAAAUGUACCAUGUUGCUGCUCUCCACACCCGAUCCAUAUGGCCUUGUCCUCAAUCAACCACCACAGCCCCUUGGACCUUUCAUCUAAUUGAGAGUAAUCAGGUUGCAGAGGCUAGAUUUUUCCCAGUUCACCCAAACUUAACAUUAUUAACUCCGUCCUCUCACAUUUUUUACUUGCAUGUCCAGGCUGAUGGGGGUAGAGGUCACAUCUGGACACGGCCUGCAACAUUACAGAUUUUUGAAAACCCUCUGCUGGAUGUGAGGACUAAUGUUUCCUGCUACCACAUGACGUGCAUGUCUCUGCAUGUGUCCUCCAGUGACAAAUAAGUCAUGAACAAGUUGUUUAAAUUCAUAACACAAGGCCAAUCAGAGUUCAUCACCACAAUACAGACAGCUGUUUAUGUUCAAGUCUGUCUUCUGCUGGAGAGUUAUUGUUCGUUGUUUGCUGGCAACCCACCCUGCUGUGAUUUGUUGCUGCCAAAAUAGUUUUUACAAGGUCGCAGAAUGUAGGUUGCAGACAAAGGUACAUCACAUGCACAUUCAAUUUUUCUCCUGUCAAGCCAUUGUUGGACAGUAGUGAAUGUAUGUGAACAGUGAGUUUUAUGCCUACUAUUUUUUUCUACUGCCCAUUUUAAAGGUGCACAAUAUGGACUUCUGAUUAAAAUGCCUGAAUUUCAA